AAUCCUGAAAGAGAUGGCUACAGUGGAUGUCCUUUGCUCUUUUGUAGGAUCAGCUUGUCCUAAAUGUGGAAGCACUGAGAGCUGAAUUAGACCAGACAAGACUGAGAGGCGCGCCCCUUCAUCACGGCCGACCGCACUUGGGCAGUGUCCCUGAUUUCCGGUUCCCUGUGGCAGACGGCCCCAUGGACUCCUACAGCAGCAGCGCGGUGUUGCGGCGUCCCCAGAAGGGCCGUCUGGCCGCUCUGCGAGAUGAGCCUUCCAAGGUACAGACUCUGAAUGAACAGGAUUGGGAACGUGCCCAGCAAGCUAGUGUGCUGGCAAAUGUGGCACACGCGUUUGAGAGCGAUGUCGACGUGUCUGAUGGCGAAGACGACAGGGACGCUCUCUUCAGUUCGGCCACUCUGCUGUCGCCCAGUGGGCAGGCCGAUGCCCAGACGCUGGCCAUGAUGCUUCAGGAACAGCUGGAUGCCAUCAACAAAGAGAUCAGGCUGAUACAAGAAGAGAAGGAGAGCACGGAGCAGCGGGCAGAGGAGAUUGAGAGCCGAGUGGGCAGCGGCACUUUAGACAGCCCGGGUCGGUUCAGAUCGGUGGGCACCGCCCCUCCACAUCCCACGUCCACGCUCACAGGCCCCUCCCCUCCGCACAGCGGGCGCUCCACCCCGCGAAGGGGCCCGCACAGCCCCGCCAGGGAGGUGGACAGACUGGGGGUCAUGACUCUACCUAGUGAUUUAAGGAAACAUCGUAGAAAGCUGCCGGCUUCCCGCGAAGAGGUACGAGAUGACAAGGCAACGAUAAAAUGUGAAACGUCCCCCCCUUCCUCCCCAAGAUCCCUCCGCUUAGACAGGCUGCACAAAGGAGCGCUGCACACGGUCAGCCACGAGGACAUCAGGGACGUCAGAAACUCCACAGGCUCACAGGACGGCCCCGUGAGCAACCCCAGCAGCAGCAACAGUAGCCAGGACUCGCUGCACAAAGCCCCCAAGAAGAAGGGCAUCAAGUCCUCGAUUGGCCGGUUGUUCGGCAAGAAAGAGAAAGGCCGUCCUGGCCACGCUGGCAAGGAGCCCACGGGACCAGCUGCUGCUUCAGAGACAGAAAACUCCUCUCAGGAUGCCCUGGGGCUCAGCAAAUUGGGAGGACAGGCCGAAAAAAAUCGUAAACUUCAAAAAAAGCAUGAAUUGCUCGAGGAAGCCCGGAGACAAGGUUUGCCUUUUGCACAGUGGGAUGGACCGACCGUUGUUGUUUGGCUAGAGCUAUGGGUUGGGAUGCCCGCCUGGUACGUGGCCGCUUGCCGCGCCAAUGUGAAAAGUGGGGCCAUCAUGUCGGCCCUGUCGGACACGGAGAUCCAGCGUGAGAUCGGCAUCAGCAACCCUCUGCACAGGCUGAAGCUGAGGCUGGCGAUUCAGGAAAUCAUGUCCCUGACAAGUCCGUCAGCCCCUCCUACUUCAAGAACGACCACAGGAAAUGUCUGGUUAACGCAUGAAGAGAUGGAAACGCUCACAGCCACGUCACAAACGGAGGAUGAGGAGGGAAGCUGGGCUCAGACCCUCGCCUACGGGGACAUGAACCACGAGUGGAUUGGCAAUGAGUGGCUGCCCAGCCUGGGCCUGGCGCAGUACCGCAGCUACUUCAUGGAGUGCCUGGUGGACGCGCGCAUGCUGGACCACCUGACCAAGAAGGACCUGCGCGGGCAGCUGAAGAUGGUCGACAGUUUCCACAGAAACAGUUUCCAGUGUGGAAUUAUGUGCCUGCGGAGGUUAAAUUAUGACCGAAAAGAACUGGAGAGAAAAAGAGAAGAAAGCCAGAAUGAAAUAAAAGAUGUGCUAGUUUGGAGCAAUGAUCGAGUGAUUCGCUGGAUCCUAUCGAUCGGCCUUAAAGAAUACGCCAACAAUCUCAUCGAGAGCGGCGUUCACGGCGCGCUGAUGGCCUUAGAUGAGACCUUCGAUGCCAACGCCCUGGCGCUCCUGCUGCAGAUCCCGACACAGAACACGCAGGCUCGUGCUGUCUUGGAAAGAGAGUUUAACAACCUUUUGGUCAUGGGGACUGACAGAAGGUUUGAUGAAGACGAUGAUAAAAGCUUUAGGAGGGCACCUUCUUGGAGGAAAAAGUUUAGACCAAAGGACGUUCGUGGCUUAGCUGCUGGGUCAGCAGAGACUCUCCCCGCAAACUUCCGGGUCACUUCCUCUCUGUCCUCCCCCUCUAUGCAGCCAAAGAAGAUGCAGCUGGACGGUGGCGUGUCAGGACCGCAGAGGCUGGAUUCGGCCACAGUCAGGACUUACUCCUGCUGACGCCCCCUGUAGUUUACCCGCACUACUUCUACAGAUGAUUAUGCACCACUUCGAAUCCCACAAAGACUACAUUUUAAAAUGCAACGGAAUCUUUAAUCUGUUAAUACUUGUUAUAUGGACCCUGAGAUAUUUUAUUACAGAGUUUUUAAUUAGCGAAAAAUUCAUGAAUACUAUAGAGAAAAUAUUUUAGAACUUAAUGUUUCUUAUAUUUAUGUAAACUUAUGACUUCAUUUAUAUAGUUACUUACUUUUUCAUGUAUAUCCAGGCUAUAAAUAUCCUUUCAAAUCAACUCGUGUUCUUAUAUCUAAUUUAGUCUUUCAAAUGAAUGUACUGUAAUGCUUGUAUGUAUAAAUCCUAUGAACAAAUAUAGGGCUUUUGUAAAUUGUGCAUUUAUUGUAAUUAUCAUUACUUAAUUUGUUAUUAAUAAACCCUGACAGAGAGAAGGAUUUUACCGUAUUUGUAAAAUCAUGACACAGCGUGUGUUAUCAAACAAAACCUAGCUCUACAACAAUCAUUUUGAAAUAAGCAGACUUCAUUUCAAGCAACUGUUGUUGUAUUUUAAUGACUGACCUUAACUAUACUUUUUCUAGCAAGAAAUGCUUUAUUCCAUAGCGUGAACAGCUUAAAAAUAUCUGGUGUUAAAUAUCAGCUUCUGAAAAUUUGGACUGGAAAGACUAUGAAAAUCUCCUAGGACCGGUGAACUCUUCAUAGGCUCGUCCCGGUGGGCUCGGGCAGCUCGUGUUUAGCGACUGGCUGAAGCCGCGAGCUGAGGACCCUGAGAGCCAGGGGGGGCCCUGGGCGGGGGGGCCUGGGCGUCCUCCUGGUGCGGAGCUCGCUGGCGAGAACUCUUAGAGGACCAAUCAGGAAGCACUGCGCCCCCCCGCCCCCCUCCCCCCCGGAAAUAAUGUCGUGCAACUCUAACAAAGGCCUUACUGUUCUUAUGUAAAUCAUCUUUUUACAUUUGUUUGUAAACAUGUUUAAAGAAUGGACCUAGUCGUACAUUUUUAGAUUUUGAUGAGAUAGCCGUUUUGGAUUGUAUAAGUAGCAAAUGUAACUCUUACUUUCUACUUGGCACAUUAAAAAGCCAGCAAGAAAUGUGUUCAGAUCAUGGUGCAUUAUUUAUUAUGCAGCUGAGACAUAGAUAGAAACGGCAUGUCUUUACAUUUGGUUUCUGCUUUUAAUUUACUUGUACAAUUCACUGUUACCGUCCUGUUUUUCUAUUAAUCUUUUGUGAACUUCCUGAUUAUGUAACAAAGUAUGUACAGUCUACUUUUGAACUGUUUUUAUCACAGUAUUAUUUAUUGCUGUCUUUCAAUACAGUCCUGAAGCAUUUUCCACUGCCAAUAAAGGAUACUGAGAACCAGC